CUACCGAUAUAUACCUAGUUAUCCACGUACUGCACAUUUAAUUUACAACCGGAAGGAUUCGGUUAUUUUCGCCGGCAUAUUAACUACACAACUAUCGCUUCCUCUUCACAUCUUUCUGUAACCUCUUUGAUCAUCAUAUUCUAUCCCCUCCAUAUUUCACCAUCAUGCGCCCAACUUCCUGUUCCGUUAACUUGUUACGGCAUCAUCGUGUUUUAGCAACUUUUUUUUUUUUUAACCGGGAGAACUUAAUUUUCAUCUUUUAGUAUUUUCUGUCGCCAUUACAUGGUACAAUCUACCAGAAUGUCCAGGUAGCGAGUAACCAACAUGUCCACCCAGAAGGAGGCUACGGAGACAUCAUCAUCUUCGUCUCCUUCUUUCCUGCCUCCUCCUGCGCCGCCUCCGCCUUCCCGUCACUUCGUCGGGACACGCGACGACAUCAUCAGACGCGGCCGCGUCAGCAAGCUGGUGAAUGGAUGUCGAGAUGUGCUGGUGCUGUAUCACCAGGGGACUUUCCAUGCCAUGGACCUGCGCUGUUAUCAUGCAGGUGGUGCUUUGGAGCACGGCGAUAUUGAGGAGUUCAACGGGCGCGUGUGCAUCGUGUGUCCGUGGCACAAGUACAAGAUCACGCUGGUGGAAGGCGAGGGCCUCUACCAAGCCGUGGACAACCCCACCAUCAAACCUCUAAGGACUCAAUGGCGCUCCAAGGGCAUCAAGCAGAGGGUCCACAAAGUGACGGUCGUCAACGAGGACGUCUACGUCACGCUGAACGACUCCGAAGAGGCCAUCGAGUCCGAUUACUACCAGACUGACAAAUACAGGACCAAUUUAUGCAUAAAAAAAGUCCACUGACAAGAGAACAGUGGCGUGAUUGCUAUGGACAGUAUAUAUUUUUUUUGGUGUACAGUACAUGCAAUUGAAUCAAGUCGUAGAAUUACGCGGGUAAUGAAAUGUGUGAAUCGGCGGUGCAAAAACAAGAGAAGCAAUUAAAAAAAAAAAAAAAAGUAUUUCCCGUAUAUGAAUUUAUUGUGCCUUCAUUUGAUUUCGGCACAAAACAAUCCUUCGUCAUGAAUAAUCUACGGCAAUGACAUUAAAAAGGUCACGGAGCAUGUAUAUUGUCCGGAAAUAAAUGGAGAAAUAGAUUCAAUCUGAAUAGUGUAUUUUACUAUUGAAUUAUAUAAUAUCAUUUAAUUCAUGAUUGUGUAUUUCAUUAGCUUUAUAUUUUAGUUUUUAAUGAAUACAAAUAAAAACGCAACUAAAUAAAAAUGAUUAUGUAUACAUUCAAUACAAAA